AUGAAAGCAGAUGAGUGGAAGUCUUGGGUAUUGGUGUACUCUCCCGUGCUUCUAAAACCAGUUCUUCCAUCUAAUAUGUUCAAUGGCUGGAUGCACUAUGUAAAAGCAUGCCGUAUACUUGUAAAGCCGUCAAUCAGUUUCAUCGAAAUAGACCAAGCACACAGAUAUCUACAAGAAUUCUGUCAAUCUUGUGAAGAUACAUAUGAACCAAAAGUCCUCACCUGCAACAUGCAUCUGCACCUCCAUCUUCAUGACACAAUUCGUGAUUUUGGACCCGUGUAUGGCUAUUGGCUCUUUGGUUUUGAGAGAUACAAUAGUUUGUUAAAGAAUAACAAGACAAACAGAAAAGACGGGUUUGAAACAACCUAUAUGACAAAAUUCACUGCAGACGCAUACAAAGCUGAUUACGUACGAAAUACGUUAUCAUGUCCAAGCCUCAUUCCAUUCCUUUCUCUUUUCGAAAAACUUACCUCUACGACCGCACCUAUAACGACCUAUGCCACUUAUGCUCCAACCAACCAACAACCUUUCCGACUGCAACAAUUUGUAGACUCAUCCUUAAGUCGAGCAGCACCUAUCAAAGGCAAUGAACCACUCCCCCCAUCCACCUUUCCUUUACAGUCCUUAAAAGAAUCAACAAUGAGUGAUAUUGAUUAUCCUCAAUUGUUAGAUUAUUAUAAAAUCGCCUAUGCCAUGCCCAAUCUCAUUUCUUACCACGAUGCCAGAUUGUCACAAUAUUUUGUAAAUAACCGAAUCACAAAAUUGAAAUCAAUUGAUCUCCUUGGCCAAACAUAUAUUGGGAACAACAGUUCUGGUAAGCGCGGGUCACUCGUUCAAGCUUUCUUCCGUAGCAGCAAUGGCCGAACUUCAAGCCUAUAUACCGGACAAAUUCAGUAUCUUUUUAUACAUUCAUUUACUCUGCCUCCUCAUCCAAACCACCGAGCAUCAACAUUACAUCAAGACCAGCAUGUUUUUGCAUACAUCCGAUGGUAUAAUUUGACAAAUGACAAUGAACACAGAAAUGAAGGUAUUGCAAUCUGCUUGCCAGAAUUCUCUGCUGAUAAUUAUCACAGCAUCUUGCCUGUACAUCACAUACACUUAGAGGUUGCAACUGCUGUAGAUGUAACUGAUAUGAACGAAGAAAGAAUGCUGGUCAUUCCUAUGCCAAAAAAAUACUAUGCUUGA